UGGGAGACCAGAUAUAGUGAAUGCAGGAUCCGGGGAGACCAGAUAUAGUGAAUGCAGGGUCCGGGGAGACCAGAUAUAGUGAGUGCAGGGUCCAAGGGGAACUUAUAUAGUAAAUGCAGGUUCUGGGGUGACCAGAUAUAGUGAAUGCAGGGUCCAAGGGGAACUUAUAUAGUGAAUGCAGGGUCCGGGGAGAGCGGAUAUAGUGAAUGCAGGGUCUGGGGAGACCAGAUAUAGGGAAUGCAGGGUCCGGGGAGAGCGGAUAUAGUGAAUGCAGGGGUCCGGGGAGAGCGGAUAUAGUGAAUGCGGGGUCCGGGGAGACCAGAUAUAGGGAAUGCAGGGUCCGGGGAGACCAGAUAUAGUGAAUGCAGGGUCCGGGGAGA